ACGUGACAGAGGCGGUUGAGGAGGCGGGACCAUGCUCUGAGCUGACCAAUGAGGGUGGGCGGCGUGGCCCCGGUCGAGGCGUGGUAGCGGCGCGUGCGCACUAGGGGUAGCGGCGGCGGCUCUGGUCAGGACUCCGGGGGCGCGGUGAGGAGGGUCAUGCAGCUAAGCUGGCUUCUGGUCUUCCUGUCCCUCUGCCUGGGUGUCCUGCCCACCAGGGCAGGGGAGGGGAAGCGAAAGCUCCAGAUUGGAGUCAAAAAACGGGUGGAGCACUGCCCGCUCAAGUCCCGCAAGGGUGACGUGCUUCACAUCCAUUACUCGGGGAGGCUGGAAGAUGGCACCGAGUUUGACAGCAGCCUCCAGCAUGACCAGCCCUUUGUGUUCUCCUUGGGGACGGGCCAGGUCAUCAAGGGCUGGGACCAGGGGCUCCUCGGGAUGUGUGAGGGGGAGAAGCGGAAGCUGGUGAUCCCGUCCGAACUGGGUAAGAGAGCAGCCAAGGCCUUGGGGUGGGAGGACUGCGCUGGGCCCGAGGCCCUGUCCAGCGGCCACCAGCCGAGGUGCCAUCCUGCCUGCCCACAAGGCCCAUGGGAAAGGCCCGCCUCUGGCCUCUGCCCCUCCGUUCCCAGGGUUGUCCGGUGGGCACCGGCAGCUCCGAGUCUCUGGGCUGCCCCCAUCUGCUGUCCUCCUGGCUUGGAGGAGCCCCGCAAAGCCUCAGGCUGAGGACUUAUGCCUCCCCCAAAUGAGGGCCCCAGCUUCCAGGCUGGUUCCUGGCCUCCGGGGUCCCGUCUCCUGCCUCAGGGCUGAGCGCACUCCUCCUCCUAUCCCUCCUCCAUGCGCCUCUCCCUUCUCCCUGCAGGAUAUGGAGAUCGAGGAGCUCCCCCGAAGAUUCCAGGUAAUGGAGGCCUGGGGGAGAGGGAGGCCGGGAGGCCGCCAGCCUCUGCUCUCCUCCACGCUGUUCUCUUUCCCCUCCCCAGGUAGAGCCACGCUGGUGUUUGAGGUGGAGCUGCUGAAGAUCGAACGCAGACCAGAACUCUAGCAGAGGGGUUGGGAGGGGGAUCGGGAGGGGGGGAGGGAGGGAGGCCCAGAAAGCCUUCUCUCAGGGGACCAGUCUUUGUUUUUUAAAUAGUGAAAUAAAAGCCACAGGGAACAA